AUGACUGAGUGGAAGGAAAUAUGAUAACGAAACUAUGAGGAUUGUAUAAAGCUAUUCCACUGGGUCAAUUCAACAUUAUCAUCACCAACACCAGAUGAGCAGCUGUCAUUUUAUUCAAGCACAGGAUGUACUACAGGAAUACUUUCAGAAAGGGAAAGUACAUGCUGCUUUAAAGAAGGCAAAUCUUGAGGAUGAAAUUAUUGAGGUCUUAAAACAUUAUAAGGAAGAAAUGGAAAAGCUUUAUCCUAUUUUGCGGCUACUCAAAACAGCAACUUCUGAAUUUGCUCUACACCGAGAACUGAUGAAAGUCAUCGACGAUUUCUUGGACCAACAGAAGCAAAAUUUGGCUGCAUAUCGAGAACAACGAGAAAGCGAACUGGAAGAGAUUUGGAACUUCGUUGAAGUCGCAGAUGCCCAUAGUGAUGAGCUGUAACGUUUUCUGGGUUUGCUUUAAAAUGUGUGACUUCUUAGUUUUACAGUCUGCUUUUGUGUGAAAUCAUGAAAAAUCUUUCACAAUAUUGUUAAAUUUUAUAUUAGUGUUAAGGGAGUGGGUGUAAUGUUUUUGCUAUUUUUGUCCAUCAAUUGUUCUGUGUACAUUAAAUGUGCAAUUAUAAAGAUCAACAUAAAAUUUAGAACUAUAAUGAUUAGCUGUUAAGAUUUAAUUCCAAUACUUUGACAUUAACAAGUUCCCCAGUCAGCAGCUGAUAUAAAAGAAUAUCCACAUCUAAAUCUUACAACUUAGAGUGGUAUUAUUCUUUUUUAUUAUUGUUGUUUUUGCAGAUUCAUUUGGGAUAUCAAGGUAUUGCUGUUCUUGACCUGCAGUGACAUUAUCUUUUAAUCUCUUUGGAAAUAUAGAAUUAAAAAGAAAACUUUCAGUAAAAAUACAUUUGUUCAGUCAUCUUAUUUUGCCAUUCUGAGUUAAGAAAGCUAAAACUCUCUUUGUAAUCUACAAACACUCUCUCACCAAAGUACACAUCUUGUGACCAAUGGAAAAGGACAGUUCAAAAUUAUGAAGGUUCUGGUUUGGAAGCAGAGGAUUUUGGUUCUGAAGGAGAAAAGUG